GUAAAAUGGACCAAUGACAAGAGUCUUGGUGGCAUUGAGGGCUGCCUGUCAAAGCUCAAAGCAGCAGAUCCGACCUUCGCCAUGGGCCAUGCCAUCUCUAAUGGCCUCUUGCUGGUUGGCACCGGAAGCUCCGUGAGGCUGGACAAAGAGCUGGACCUGGCUGUGAAGACCAUGGUGGAGAUUGCCAAAACACAGCCUCUGACACAGCGGGAGCAGCUGCACGUAUCUGCAGUAGAGACCUUUGCCAAGGGGAACUUUCCGAAAGCCUCUGAGCUGUGGGAACAGAUUCUCCGGGACCACCCAACAGACAUGUUGGCCCUGAAGUUUUCCCACGAUACCUAUUUUUACCUGGGCCACCAGGAGCAGAUGCGAGAUUCUGUGGCUCGAGUUUACCCAUUCUGGACACCCAAUAUCCCCCUUAGCAGCUACGUAAAAGGCAUCUAUUCUUUUGGAUUGAUGGAAACCAACUUCUAUGAUCAGGCGGAAAAGCUUGCCAAAGAGGCUUUAUCUAUUAACCCGGGGGACGCGUGGUCGGUGCACACCGUUGCCCAUAUUCACGAGAUGAAAGCAGAGAUCAAGGACGGACUGGAGUUCAUGCAGCACUCAGAAGCCCACUGGAAGGACUCUGAUAUGCUUGCUUGUCAUAAUUAUUGGCACUGGGCUUUAUAUCUGAUUGAAAAGGGCGAAUAUGAGGCCGCCUUGACCAUUUACGAUAACCAUAUCCUCCCCAGCCUGCGGGCCAGCGGUACGAUGCUGGAUGCGGUGGACAAUUGCUCCAUGCUCUACCGGCUGCAGAUGGAAGGGGUGUCUGUGGGUGAGCGGUGGCAAGACGUCCUGCCUGUGACCAAGAAGCACAGCCGCGACCACAUCCUCCUGUUCAACGAUGCGCACUUCCUGAUGGCGUCCCUGGGCGCUCAGGAUCCCCAGACCACGCAGGAGCUGCUGACCAGCCUGCAGGAUGUCAUUGAGUCCCCGGGGGAGAACUGUCAGCACCUCCUGGCCCGCGAUGUGGGGCUGCCCCUGUGCCAGGCCCUGGUGGAGGCCCAGAACGGGAAUCCUGACCGGGUUGUGGAACUGCUCCUGCCCAUCCGCUACCGGAUUGUCCAGAUUGGAGGCAGCAAUGCCCAGAGAGACAUCUUCAACCAGUUACUGAUUCAUGCGGCCUUGAAGUGCACCUCUGGCGUCCACAAGAACGUGGCCCGGAGCCUUCUGAUGGAGCGAGACGCCUUGAAGCCCAACUCGCCCCUCACCGCGCGGCUCAUGCGCAAGGCAUCUGCCGUCCACCUCCUGCAUUGAGCCAGGUCUGGUGCCUCCCCAGCGGGCAGAGCAGCUGUCCACUGGUUCCGUAGGGUUAGAAACAGCUAGAGCCUGUUUGCUAGGCCUCUUAUGGGGAAUCUGUGGCUUUAAGCAGAAAGCCCUGUAACCAGCAGCAUUACAGGAAGGGGGAAAAAUCAAUCUUAAACAUGAUUCAGAAUCUUCUUCUAAUCCUUGUUAGGGGCCGAGGUGCAGUUCUAAGCAGUCAGAACCAAGGUGGGUGCUGCUGGUGCCAGUGCCCUGCAAAUUCUGUUUUCCCAGGGCACUCUUACACCUAUCUCCUGGUGGUUCAAGGGUUGGAGGUGGGGGUGGGGUGGGGACGGGCGCAGCUGGGGAGGAGUCUUCCACACAGCCCCCAGGCUGCCCCGGCAUAAAGCCUCUCAUUUUGUCUUCCUCAUCAUAUUCUAGACAGCUUCUGUUGUCCCGUCUUUUGGGUGAGGGUACCCACAGCGGACAGGGACUUGCCCAGGGUCACAGCCAGUGGAGGCCCCGCUGAGAUUCACCUCAGGCCCCUGUCCUUCCUGGGGGAGGGGACCCCACCUCGCUGCCUGUGGCCUUGGCCCCUGGCUGUUGCCCCCAACGGCUCUUGCAAGCACAAGGACAAGAAGUGGCCCUUCUGCGGUCCCUGGAGAGAAGACUUUGAGCUUCCUGGAGGCUUUGGUGGCACAAAUUUGGGCUCGUUGAUCCUUUAUUCUACACUGCAAAUCAUAAAGGGGCCUCGGGUGCCUGGUUCCCUGUCAACAAUGACUUUAAUCAUACAAAUGCACAUGCGUUGAGCCAGUACACCUUCUGGGUGAGAGCAUGGAGCUCAGGGGUUACCCUGCUGUGGCCAAAACCGAAGCCUAUGACGUGUGAUUUUAACAAGAUCUGAGCCAGUCCUAUAAAUGACACCUUGGCCUCCUGCUCCCCUGGCAUCAGCUUGGCCCCGACAUCCCUUGUGAGCGAGCUGCAGAUGUCGGUAGAAUGCGCCGGCUUGGUCGUGCUGCCUGAUGGGCGAUCCCGACUCACAGAUGUUUCUCAGGCUCCUCCAGUGCAUCCUGACAUGAAGGAGGGACUCACCGAGGCAGGGAGGGGGCAGGUCUCCUGGGAGGCAGCAGAGGCCUCCAAAUCGAUUAAGCAGAUUCCUGGGAUUAAAAUAAAUUAGUUGAUUGGU